UACUCAGCGUUCUUCUCCGCCUUUUACAUCGAUCAUCCUCUUCUGCUCUGCCAAUCAAGUUUAUUUCGAUCAUCUUCUCCAACUCGUUGUGAUCUUCUCUCGAUUUUGGUUUACACUGAUCAUCUUCUCCAGCUCGUUUUGAUCUUUUGUCGAAUUUGGUUUACAGAGAAAUCUUCUCCAGGUCGUUGUGAUUUCCUUCGAAUUUGUUUUACAACGAUCAUCAUUCCAAAUAUUUCAUCUGUACUCUUCGAAUUUGGUAAGAAUCUCAUCCUUUUAUUCUAUUAUUUUAUUUUCCUGAAGUAAUGUUCUUCAUCUAUUUGUCGUUAGAUUUUUUAUUUUUAUUUUAUUUUUCUUCAGUAUUUUAAUAUGAUCACUAUAUUAUUAAAUGUUUUUAAAUUUAUUGUAGGUUUACGUUGAUCAGUUAUGUCUAAUUUUUCAGAUGAAAUUGCUUGUACUGGACAUUUAAUUGAAGACAUUGAAUCUAGAGGCGACAUAUUUGUUGUUGAUUCAACUAGCCAUUCUUCUAGCAGUUUUGAUGCUAUACCCCAAUCUGAUUCUUCCCUUGUAGUUAAAGAAGCCGAAGUUUCAGAGCUUCUUGGAAAGAUUGUUUUGUCAGAGAAUGAAGCUUUUGAUUUGUAUAAUGAGUAUGCUUUUAGAAUUGGCUUUGGUGUUCGUUAUUCUACUCUACGGAAGAAAGAAGGUGGUUGUGAUGUUAGAGGCAGAGAAUUUUGUUGCACUAAACAAGGUCAUAAGAAGAAUAAAGGUGUACAUGGUAAGGCAUUCACCAAAGUUGAUCGUCGUACAGGUUGCAAAGCAAAAAUUUAUUUUGAGUUUAGAAGUAACGGUCAAUGGGUUGUUGUUAGACAUCUUAUGGAUCACAAUCACUAUUUUUGUCCUGAUUCUUUAGUUCAUCACGUGAGAUCUCAUCGUGAUGUUUCUUCUUCUGAGUUGAUGUAUUUGAAUCAUUUGAGAAAUAGAGGAGUAAAAAUAGCUGAUGGUUUUCGCUGUUUACAAGCUGAAGCAGGUGGGUCUCCAUCAGUUGGUUUUGUGUUGCGUGAUGUCUACAAUGAAUUGGAAAAAAACAAAAAGAAAAGUUUUGAUGGUUGUGAUGCAAACACUUUGAUUAAUAUCUUUAGGAACAGACAAACAAAUGAAGAAGACUUUUUUUUCUCUUUUGAAGUUGAUGUUGAUGGUUCCUUAGUUAGCUUCUUUUGGAGAGACAAGCAAAUGAAAGAGGACUAUUUAGCUUUUGGAGAGUUGGUUGUUCAUGACACUACAUAUCGUACAAAUAAGUACAAUAUGAUUUGUGGUCCAUUUGUAGGUAUUAACAAUCAUACGCAUACCUGUAUGUUCGGUUGUGGUUUUCUUUUGAAUGAACGCAUUGAAUCCUUUGAAUGGCUCUUUACCACAUUUUUGACUUCAAUGGAUUCAGUUCAUCCAAAAACCGUUAUGACAGAUCAGUCUACAUCCAUGGCUUCAGCUAUAUCUAAGAUCUUUCCUAGUUCAAAACACCGUCUUUAUAUAUGGCACAUCAUUGAAAACUCUAAAAAGCAUAUACAAGACUUGAGGAAUGAUGCAGGCUUUUUGGACUUAUUUGAUCGUGUUUUGAAACUUUGUCACACAGUUUCUGAGUUUGACUUUUAUUGGAACAGAAUGGUGACUACUUUCAAUUGUUCUGAAAAUCCAUGGUUGAAGAAACUAUAUGGACUUAGGGAGAAGUGGUGUCCAGCAUUUUCAAAAGAGUACUUUUCUGCUGGCAUCUUAUCCUCACAAAGAAGCGAGUCAACAAAUCAUUCUUUGUCUAGAAAGUUAACUGCAACGACUUCUCUUUAUGAUUUCUAUCACUUUUUUUGUGAAGCUGUUAGUGAAUGGCGGAGUCAUGAGAGAUCAGAUCAACAGCGUUGUUGGGAUGGCUUCCCCGAGAUAGCAAUCCCCCAUCUUGGUAUAUUACAUACAGCUUCUCGAAUUUACACGAUUGAUGCUUACGCUCUUUUUGAGAAGGAGUUUCUUCGUGCUAUGUCUUUGAAGCAUGAGGUUAAACAUUGUGUUGGUUCUGUUAUUGGAUAUUUAGUUUGGAUGCCUCAUAUUGAUCAGUUUUCACAGUGGGUUUCAUAUGACACGACAUCACAUUUUGUUAAUUGUUCAUGUAAGAGGUUUCAAGAAGUUGGUUUUUUGUGCUGCCACAGUCUUCGUAUAUAUCAUAUCCACGACGUUGAAGUUCUUCCUGAUUGUUAUGUUUUAAAACGUUGGACUCGAAUAGCAAAGUCAGUUGAACAAAGUCAGUCAUCUAUGUUAUCCAAUACUUCUAGUGUUUUGCCUUCUGUUUGGAGAAUGCAAAUGCAAAGGAAACUCCACAAACUUUUGUGUUCUAGUGAUUCUAAUGCGUCUGCAAGGCUGCUUUGUGAAGAGUCUUUCAAAAAAUUGAAACAUGAUGUUGAAGAACAUGUUGGCAGUGUUUACUUCUCUGACAGUGAUUCAGCUUCAAUUGGGGUUGGUGCGAUUUCUAAUCCCAAAGGUUCAAGAAAAAAAGGUGAAAGAAAUGUUCGGCGCAAGAGUAUUGUCGAGAUUAAAUCAAAUCAAGCCCGAGGAAGGAAAAAGUCAACUGCAGCUAGUACUUCACUUAUUGAACCUUGAAAUUUGUAAACACUCUUAAAAGCUUUGUUUUUUGUUUACAUACUUAUUAUAUUAUUUAAAAAAGAUAAUCUUCUUUUAUCUUUUAUCAUCAUUUUAGUUUCAGUUAUUUGCACUUUUAAACUUUACAUGUUUUCUCUCUCUAUGUUUUUGUUGUAGUUUUUACUUUUAUUGAAUCAAACAUUCCUAUGAUAUAAU